CGGCGGUACCCGGAGAGGACCAAAACACGACUGCAGCCUGGGCAGGACUUAACCGGGUCGAGUAGCCAUGCCCAAGUACUGCCGGGCUCCGAACUGCUCCAACACUGCGGGCCGACUGGGCGCUGACAACCGUCCUGUGAGCUUCUACAAGUUCCCCCUGAAGGAUGGCCCCCGGCUGCAGGCCUGGCUGCGGCACAUGGGCCACGAGGACUGGGAGCCCAGCUGCCACCAGCACCUGUGCAGUGAGCAUUUCACGCCUUCCUGCUUCCAGUGGCGCUGGGGUGUGCGCUACCUGCGGCCCGAUGCAGUGCCGUCCAUUUUCUCCCCAGCACCCCCUGCUAAGAGGCAACAGAGUUCCCGCAGCACUGAGAAGCCAGUCGUGCCUCCCUCCCCACAGGGCACGCCCCUGUCCCCUGGUCCUGCUGUCUCUGUCUCGGCCCCAGGCCCUGUGCCCCUUGUGGUACUGGGGUCAGCAUCUGGAGGCCCUGAGGCCGCGACCACCGUGUUCCUGACCCCCCUGCCACCCCCUCCUGCUCCUGCGAGGCUGCAGCCUGGAGUCCAGGCCCAGCACCCGCUGGCCAGGCUGGACGCUGUCCUGGGAGCGCUGCGGCAGCGGGUUCGGAGCCUGCAGCGGCGUCAGGAGCAGCAUGAGCUGCGGCUGCGGGCCUUAGAACAGCUGGCGCAGCAGCUGUGCCAGGAGGGCCCCCCGAGCCCCGUGAGUGUGGCCACCCGGCCCCCGUAGCCUGUGUCUUUUCCUUUAAACCAGAGACCGGUAUUUAAAAGUCAGAACACUUCACUCAUGUUUCCAAGUGUCUGGCUUUUAUUGAGAAAAGUCAAUCUGGUAACACCUACCAACUGUUGGUCAGAGCAGGGUAAUGGCUGCUCUGUUUCUUAAUAAUAUUUAAGGAGCCCUUUCUCUCUGCCAGACAUUGUUAAUAACUUACUGAAAACUCACUAUGACCUUCAUGCAACUGUGGUCCCCAUUUUUCAGAUGGAAAAACAGGCACUAGGACGCUACAGUAACUUGCCCGAAGUCAGGCAGCCACAAAGAUGCACAACCAGGAUUCAAGCCAGGGGUCUGACUCCACAGCAGGCCAGUGCCCUCCUAUUGGAGAGCUCCCUGCCGGGCCCCAAACAGAGCUUGAGUUUGAGGUUGCAGCUUUUCUACCAGAGUCGCCCCGGCCCCAUCUAAAGGCCUUUAUGUUCCUGCUUUUACUACUGAGUAUUGGAGGAGGGUAUCCUCUCUUGAAGAAUCAGUUUGACUAGGCCUUUUCCUUGCUAAAAACCCUAUGGCCAAGUUGGAGGUUCCAGGGCUCUCAGCCCUGGCUGGACAAGAGAAGUGAGAAGGGGUUUCAGAAAGGAACCCC